AUGUCUCCAACCACUUUAGAACACGCCUUCUCCAAGGACUCGACAUCGACCGCUGUCAUCGUCCCCGGCAGCCCUGCCUUGACUGUCACGUACAAGAAGCUUGCCACCGACGUGAAGGCUUUCCAACAACAAUUGGCAAAGGUCGGCGUUUCUGCCGAGGCAGCUGUGUCCAUCGCACUGCCCAACACGUAUGAGUUCAUCGUGUCCUUCAUCGCUGCAUCAUGGCAGAGAGCUAUCGCAGCGCCACUGAACCCGGCAUACAAGCAAUCCGAGUUCGAGUUCUACAUCGACGACCUGAGCUCAGCAAUUGCUCUGGUACCAAAGGGUGCAUUUGCGCAAGAUGCGGCAGCUGUCCGCGCAGCAAGGAAAUACAAUGCCGCCAUCGCCGAAUGCUACUACAAUGGCAGUGAGGUCGUCCUGGAUGUGAAGGAGGCUGGAAAGCUUGCGGGUAAAACCGCGCCCGUCCAGUCUGCGCAGCCCGACGAUGUCGCUCUCGUGCUGCACACGAGCGGUACUACUGGACGACCCAAGGCUGUACCCCUGACGCAUCGCAAUUUGUUGCGCACCAUGAAGAACAUCCAGGGAACCUAUGAGUUAACACCCAACGAUCGUACCAUGCUGGUUAUGCCUCUCUUUCACGUGCACGGUUUGCUCGCUGGGUUCCUGGCUCCCUUGGCGUCGGGAGGCUCAGUCAUUGUGCCGCCCAAGUUCUCCGCCUCCGAGUUCUGGAAAGACUUCAAUGAGCACAAGGCAAACUGGUAUACCGCCGUCCCUACCAUUCACCAGAUUCUGCUGAAGAGUCCCCUUCCGAGCCCAAUGCCCAAAAUCCGCUUUAUCCGAUCUUGUUCCAGUCCCCUUUCGCCCAAAACGUUCCACGAACUUGAGAAGGCGUUCGGGGCCCCAGUGUUGGAGGCAUACGCCAUGACAGAGGCUGCGCAUCAGAUGACUAGUAAUCCUCUUCCUCCCAACCAACGUAAGCCCGGCAGUGUGGGACUUGGCCAGGGUGUCGAAGUCAAGAUCCUUGACGAUGCUGGCAAGGAGGUACCACAAGGAAGAGAGGCAGAGAUUUGUAUCCGUGGUGAAAACGUCACCAAGGGAUAUCUCAAUAACCCAGCUGCCAACGCCUCAUCUUUCACCAAAGACGGUUUCUUCCGUACCGGAGAUCAGGGCAAGCAGGAUGCUGAAGGAUAUGUCAUCAUUACUGGUCGCAUCAAGGAGCUGAUCAACAAAGGUGGUGAGAAAAUUAGCCCGAUCGAACUGGACAACGUCAUUGCACAGAAUCCCGCAGUGUCUGAAGCCGUGAGCUUCGCCAUCGAAGACGAGAUGUAUGGCCAAGAUGUUGGUCUUGCGGUCGUGGUCAAAGAGGGCCAUGCGCUGACUGCGGGAGAGCUGAAGACAUGGCUGACGGACCGCGUUGCUAAAUUUAAGCUACCGAAAAAGAUCUUCUUCACCGAUAUCAUGCCCAAGACCGCAACAGGAAAGAUCCAGCGACGCCUUGUUGCCGAAGCGAUGCUCAAGCAAGAACAGCCCAAGGCCAAACUAUAG